AUGGUGAUAUUCUAUAACAUGUUCUUUCGCCAAUCAUCACGUGACUUUCAUUCUACACCUAUACUAAUUCAUGAAAAGGAAAACAAAUACCCGGAAAUAAUACGUGUUCAUUAUUUCAACAAGCCAAAAGGAGUGAAUGGGUCUCGAUUUAAAUUUUGUAAACAUAAAUGUUACCUCACUCAUUCCAAAUCCUCCUAUGAGACUAGCCAUGCUGUUAUAUUCCAUGGACCAUCCCUAGCUUCACAUUUGAGGUCACCACCAAAAAAGUACCUUGGUCAAAUAUGGAUCCUUCACGGAAAAGAAUCCCUCGUUAAUUACGCUGGAUCACUAAAAGCAUGGAAAAACGUUUUCAACUGGACCAUGACGCACCGUCGCGAUUCUGAUAUCAUCGCUUUGAACGGCGUAUUUAAGACCAGAUCACAUGGUUUGCACUGUAGAAAUAAAACUGGAUUGUACCAGUUGAAGACAAAAAAUAUUGCUUGGUUUGCCUCCAAUUGUCAGACCCACAGCGGGAGAGAAUUUUAUGUAGAUCAACUUCGUUCACUCAUGAAUGUAGCUAUUUAUGGAAAAUGUGGAAAAGAAAAAUGUGCCAGAUUUAGAGAGAAAACAUGCAUGGAUAUAUUGAGAAAGAAUUUCAAAUUUUAUCUUUCUUUUGAAAACUCGUUCUGCCUUGAUUACAUAACAGAGAAGAGUUUUAAAAUAUACCGUCAUAACUCGUACGUCAUCCCUGUGACACGAGGGCUACUGGAAAACCAAUACACCAUGUAUUUGCCUCCAAAGUCCUAUAUAAACACAGCUGACUUUCCUUCGUUGAAAACAUUAGUAGACAGUUUGCAAACAAUAGCAGAAAACGAAACUAUCUUCAAUUCUUAUUUUGAAUGGGAAAAAUAUUACUCCUCUGAACUUUAUACACCGCAAGAUUUCUGCCAGUUGUGUGGACGUUUACACAACGAAGACAAGUAUAGAAGACUUUAUAAAGACAUAUCGGCCUGGCUGGGGAGAGAACCUUACUACAAUGUUUGUAAUAACAAAUCCAAAGUGCUUUCUAAAAAUACAGAAUAA